AUGAAAUCGACAAAAAACAGCGGGGAAAAUGGGGAAUCCAAACCUACCGUCUUCGACGACUUCUCAUACUUGGGGCAUGAUCAGAUUGGCUCAACAAAAUCUCCAGGUCAUGAGAGGAUCCUUGAAAAUCGCAUAAUACUCAAGUUCGGCAGGUAA